GACUCAUUUAUAGUUAAAUAUAUUGUUUAUUGUUAUUUUAAAAGGCCAAUUACACAUAUUUUUUCUUCUAAUAAAAUGAAAAAGAGUUGGGUUGUGAAACCUGGGAUGAAAUAUGGUUCUGAUUUUGUUUUAUACGAGGACGGAGGGCCAGAAUUUUAUCACGCUCGUUAUUCCGUUUUAGUCAAGCACCAUAAAAUACCGAAAUUUGUGAACUCCAAAGAAUAUAAUUUCCACGAUAAGUGUCUAGAUCCAUUCCGAUUCCUAUCCUUGAAAUCCUUAGGUGCUCGCAUAAGGGUAACGAUUUCCGCCGGAAAAAGUUUCAUUCUAGCUUUAGUCAUUGAAUACGUUGACGCGGUUUCCCUCAAGAAAUCAUUUUCCACUUCCCAUCUCGAUUACCUAUCCAAAUUUUACGGAAAAGACGCGGAUGAUUGCCAUAUCGUCUGUACUGGCCAGGAAAUGUUCGACCGAAAUGCGAGCAUGUCUGAUAACAUGUUAGACCCUUUCCAUCGAAAUAAAUAUCGUGACGAUAGUCGCUUCAUAAAUUCCCGAAAUUUGAAUGAAGACCAAGCCGACGCGUUGAUACGAAAAAUCUCGGACCUCAAUUUUGCCAUCGAUAACCAUCAUUCUCUAUUUCGCAUACCUAAGUACAAAGUUAUUCCUUUAAUCGUCGAUAGAUGGGAUCCAAAGGCGCAUGUUAAUACAUGACGUUGGGAAAAUUAUUACAUUAUACUAUGUUUUAGUCGCGAUUAGUAUUUUAUUAUAUAUUUUGUAAUAUUGAAGUUUUUGA